AUGCUCGAGCCCGGUGGCUGCGGCGCCGUGGCCGACGACGAGGGGAGGGCACCGCUGGUUGAGGACGCGGCUAUUGAGGUAGACUGCCUCUAUAUAGGUAGCGAUUGGUUGUUUUCGAACCGGUGCAAAAGAAAAAAAAACCACCCAACCCCAUCGUCCUCCCACAUCCCCGCCUUCUUCCCCGGCGCCCGCGUGCCAUGCCCGAUCCAGCCUGCCUCCCCCGCCUCCCCUAGCUUCUUCCCCGAUGCCGUCCCGAACACCGGCCGAACCGGCCGAAUCGGCCGAAGCAGCCGUCGCCGCUCUCCCCAAAUCGGGCCGCCACCACCGUCACCGGGUCACGCCGCCACCGCCGCCCUCCCCAGAUCGCCCCACAACCGCCUCCGCACUCCACGGUCACACCGCUACCGCCGCUCACUCCCCAAAUUGCGCCGCCACCGCCACCUCGUGCUUCAUCCUUUCUACUACGCCCCUGCUCCUCGACCACUGACGGCGACGCGCAUCCAUCCUCCUCUGCCCCCACGACCUUCUUUCUCUGUUGUCGUGGCCUUCCUCCUUUCCCACCGCCGGCGUGAGAGCUGCGCACGCCACCCCGCACUACCACCUUCCUCCUCCCGGCCGGCCUCCCGGCUCUGGCGCCACUGUGCAGAGCAGUGCCACCACGCACAACCUAGGAUCACUGUCGCCCCCUCUUCCUCCAUGAUGUUGUUGCCCUCUUCCUCCAUGCUGUUGCCGCCUUUGAUUCAGCCCCACGCGCCUGGCAGUCUCCGCAUUGAGCUACCCCGUGCACAUAAGCUGUUUGUGUAUAUACCCCAAACAAAAAGUCGUGCCAGAUACGAUGCUACCUGGGAAAUUGUGACGCACCUUCGCUUCGUGCCGCCACAGGACCCAGUGCGCCUCCUUUCCUCUGCUUUUCUCUAUGCGCAGCUAUGUGUCUUACCCCGCCAAUUGCCCCUGCUGCUGCUGGGAACAGAGACAUUCCAUGAAAUCCCACAACAUCUAUACGUCAUCUUCCGAGAUGUUCCAUGAAGUUCUACUGCGGCUGUCCGUCACUAUGGUCGUGUGCCAGUAUGGUGUGCUUGGUUCAUGUGUGCCUUGAAAAGAUCAUGUUUACCUUGCUAGAUGCUGGCCAGCUCGCUCUUUGUGUGUGUUGCUGUUGCUCUAACCACACCUGUAAGCGGCAGCUGCUUCUCUCUCCGUGUAUUGAUUUCUCUUGCGCGCCAACGUUGUUGUCUCUCUAAUUGAUUCACAUUUGAUGCGGCGAUAAAGGGAGAUAUUUUGGAUUCCAGCUUUUCCUUGUACGUUCAAAACUGAAAAAGAAAUGUAUUGUAUGCA